UUUCAAUGAGUCGAGCGGUAAAUUGAAAGAUGUAAACAAACAGAACAGUGAACCCAAGGACACAGCGAUGGAUUUACAAGAUUUGUUUGUUAGUUGCAAGCGUGGAGAUCUACAAAAAGUGCAAUAUUUAGUAGAGCAGAAAGAAAUUGAACUAAAUGUUCGAGAUAAAUGGGAUAGUACACCAUUAUACUAUGUUUGUUUAUGUGGGCAUGAAGAAUUAGUCAAAUAUUUACUAGAAAAGGGAGCUAAAUGUCAAGCCAAUACGUUUGAUGGAGAAAGAUGUUUGUAUGGUGCAUUAAACAACAGGAUUAGGAAUUUACUGAGAACAUAUAAUGUUAUAUCAUCUAAAACUAUGAGAAGAGAUCAAUAUGAAGAAUUUCUCAGGAGAUUAACAGAGAAUGGUAGCUACAAAGAUAUAGUGUUUAAUGUCCAUGGAGAAGAGUUUCCAGCACACAGAUGUAUUCUGUCGGCACGAUGUGAUUACUUUGCCAAUUUGUUUAGAACAAGAUGGAAGGAUAGACAAGAAAUAGUCCUCAGUCAUCAUCUGAUAACACCAUCAGCUUUCAAAUCCAUUUUAGAGUAUUUAUAUACAGGUAGACUUGAAACCCAUAUAGACAAUGUAGAUGACUGCCAGGUACUUGCCAAACAGUGCCAAUUACACAAUCUACAAGAACAGAUUUAUGAAAGAUUUAAGAAAACACUUUCUUUUGAAUUAACCAAACCUGGUGUAAACGUGACAACCCUUGUACUGGAACAACCAUUAGACAGUAAAGAACUUCAGAUGGAACUCAGUAGACUUGCUGAUUUAGCACUGCCUACAGAACUCUGUACACAGAUGCACGGAGAACUUCCCUUUGAACCUGAGUAUGAAUCUGUUUAUCCAGAUAUUUGUUUUACUGUGGAAGGCCACAACUUUUUGGGUCACAAAGCAUUUUUCUGUGAAAGAAGUGAUUAUUUUAAAGCUUUACUCAACAAUCAUUUCGGAGAAAAUGACACUGAAAGCACUAUUCCUGUUGUCAGACUUUGUGAGGUCAACUCAGAUAUCUUCACAAGAAUUCUGUAUUAUAUAUACCAGGAUAGCUGUGAGCUAUCUGAGGAUACAGUAUAUGAUGUCUUAUGCUGUGCUGAUCUUUAUUUACUUCCUGGUUUGAAGAGACAUUGUGCUAAUUGUAUAGCAAAACAUCUGAAUACCGUCAAUGUUGUACAGGUUACAAGGACAGCAAAAUUGUUUUCAUUACCUCGUCUUGAAGAUCAAUGUGCUGAAUUUAUUGCUAAUAAUAUUGAGAAGAUCCUGGAACUGGAAGAGUUUGCAGAGUUGGUGAAACAAGAUGCUGCUGAAGUGAAAGGUAGACAAGAGACGGAUACCAUAGAUAUUAUUGACAAUAUUAGGUUUCAUUUAACAUUUAGUAUACAGACUUAUGGUGAGAUGGAGGAAGCUAAUGAAAAACUCAGACUUAUUGAUGAUUUAUUGGAAGAACUAGAACUUGAAGGCUAAUUUUAUAUCAUAUUGAUAGUUUAUUCUUUAAAAGGAAAUAUUCUCAAGAAUUUAUGCAAGAUUCAAUGUUGGGUAUUAUUUGAUAUAUUUAUAUAAAUAUUUAUGCUACUGGAGAUCGAAUCAGGUACUACAUAUAAUACUGGUAUAUAUAUUAUACAUUUAAUGUAAUGUAAAGUGAUAAUAUUUAUUGCUUGAAUGAAUGAAUUCUUUAUUUGCAAAGCAGCAGUUACAUGCUAUAGCAACACAAUUAUAUUUACAUUGUGACACACAAUAAACAGCAGAGAACAAUAUUCUAAGAUAUUACAAUAGACAAACAAUCAACUAAGUAGAUGUGAUCUAAUCUGCCAAGCAGAUUUCAAAUAAUAACACAAUUUUCCAACUAAUGAUCUUAGACUAGAUUUUGUUUGAUACAAAUACCUUAGUUUUGUCAUAUUUGGCCACAAACAGUAGUACAAUGUAUUUUGGUAAAAACUGCAGCCUUACAAAUCUAUACAUAGGACACACUAAAGUAAAAUGGUACUCAUCUCCAACACUUUUCAUAUUACAACAAGUACAUAAUCUGUUUUCUCUUUGUGUAUUUGCUUACUGCCUAACCUCAACAUUUAACUUCAUAGUACCACUGCAUAGCUUUGUGAAAAAGUGAGAGGUAUAAUUAUAAUCUACGUAAUCUUCAAAGCAAAAAUUUUAUAUUACUGUACAUAGUAAGUUUCUCACAAUUCUGUAUAGAUGCAAACCAGCUUUGAAUAUAUUGAUUUUUUAUCCUA